GUUAGCUGCUGCUCAGGCGCGGGCAGAAGCAGAGGCUGCAAGGACUGAAGUGGCAUUUGCUGCAAAAGAGAAUGAACUGAAAUUAAAGCAAGCAGAAUUGGAAUUAGAAAAUAAGCGUUUGGAAAUGACACUGAAUAGAGUCCGCCUCGAAAAACAAGCUGCAGCUACAGCGGCCAAAGCAGACGUCCUAGAGGCAGCAGUGCAAGAAGAAUUCAAGCAGGUUUUCAGCGACAUUGAUGUGCCAACCGAGAAUUCAAAGGUACGCACAAAGGACUAUGUUGAGGGAGCAGAUAAAUACUCUCCAGCAGAGCUAUUAGAAAGCACUCCCGCCAGCAUCCCAGACAUUCAGACCCCUGAAUAUGCCCAUCCCAUUGCCUCUUACCACACCGCGAGUGAAUUACCCCAUCAGCAGAACCACAUAAUGCCACAAUCACAGCACACUGACUAUGUGCCUAAAACGACACCUCGCCCUGAAAUAAUGCAGAAGCCUUUAGGAAAUGACUACAGUGACACUGCAUAUAACCAACCAUUAGACAAUUCCCACUUACUACCCAGUGUUGCUCACCAACAAAGAAGCCCUGUACAUGCUCAGUUUGAUGAAAACAGAGGAAUAUCAGACCUUGUCAGAUUUAUGGCCCGGCGUGAGCUUAUCUCCACUGGGCUUGUGCAGUUUAAUGACCGUCCUGAAUGCUUUAGAGCUUGGAAAGCAUCCUUUAUGAAUUCUAUCAGAGACCUCAGCCUCUCAGCUAGUGAGCAGCUUGACCUUCUUGUAAAAUGGUUAGGCAAGGACUCAUCCGAACAUGCUAGACGCAUAAGAACUGUUCACGUGAAUCACCCAGAACAUGGACUCAGGGCUGUAUGGAAUCGGCUCAAUGAGUACUAUGGUGCACCUGAGGUAAUUGAAAACUCCUUGUUCAAAAGGCUGGAAAGCUUUCCCAAAGUGCAGAACAAGAAUGAGCUCAAACUAAGAGAGCUGGGGGACUUACUGAUGGAAAUACAGGCAGCAAAGGCUGAUGGGGACCUGUUCGGCCUCAGUUAUCUAGACACACCCCGCGGGAUUAACCCUAUUGUGCAGAAACUGCCAUUCUACCUGCAAGAGAAGUGGCUCACAUUAGGUUUUAAUUAUAAGGAACAACAUAGGGUCACCUAUCCCCCAUUCAGCUUCUUUGUGAACUUUGUGUGCCUGCAGGCAAGGAUGCGAAAUGAUCCUGGCUUCAUGCUGGCAGCAUCCAGCAACGAACAGUCUGGUUAUCACAAGCCUGCAUCAAAGUUAGAGAGCCAGAGGGCAGUAGCUGUUCUCAAGACAGGAGUGUCUCCUGAUACCUCACUAACACCUUCUGACUCCCCAUCUGCAAGUAAGUCCACCAGCAGAGAGGACCCAGCGAAACGUUGUCUCUUGCACAACAAGCCCCACCCUCUCCACAAAUGCCGUGGAUUUAGAGAUAAGCCCAUAGAGGAAAGAAAGGCACUCUUAAAGAAACAUGGAGUGUGCUACAAGUGCUGCAAAACCAUACUCCCUGAAAACAUGUGCGGGAACAAUAGAGACUGAAGGUAGACAGGCAUGUGGCUUCAUGGUGGAACCUGUGGAUGGCAGCAUUGUGCUGUCACUGCCACCAUUGAUUGAAUGCAACGAAAUCCCAAACAAUCGGAGGGAAAUUCCCUCACCCGAGGUCGCCUCCAGCCACACCCAUUUGAGACAUCUCGCAAAGCACAUCCCCAAUCUCGACCCACAAGCCCCCAUUUUGCUGUUGUUAGGCAGGGACAUAAUCAGAGCCCACAAGGUGAGAAGACAGGUGAACGGCCCACACAAUGCACCCUACGCCCAAAAACUGGAUCUGGGUUGGGUGAUUGUGGGUGAUGUGUGUAUUGGGGACAUGCACAAGCCGCCGCUUGUCCACUCC